AUGACCAGACAAGCGAAAGACGAUGCCCUGAAAGCCUACAAAGAGGUCCUCCCAUCGACGGUAUCGGUAGGAGAAGCCACCGAAGCCUACAACGGGGUCGAUGACGUGGCAUACGCCAUAUCAAGAUUACCCCUGGGCACUCCCCGAAAACUGAAAGUACUGUGCGUUGGUGCGGGCUUCAGUGGAUUGGCAUUUGCACGACAGGUUGAACUAGGGAAGUUGCCUAACGUUGGUCUCACCGUAUAUGAAAAGAAUGCCUCUGUGGGUGGAACUUGGUAUGAGAAUCGCUAUCCGGGAUGCGCCUGCGACAUUCCUAUACAUAACUACCAGUUCUCUUGGGCCCCUUGUCCAUACUUCAAGAGCUACUAUGCUACUGGAAAUGACAUUCACAAAUAUAUCGAAGCAGUGGCCGACCAACACAAUCUGCGGAAAUAUGUCAAGGUAUCUUAUAAGGUAAUUGGAGCUAAGUGGCUCGAAGACCGUCAGAAAUGGGAAGUGAAGAUUGUCGCAACUGAUGGUAGAGACUUAAUGGUGAGCAACCGGCUUAACCGCGAUGGGGAGUCCGGGGAGCCUUUCACAGAAGAAUGUGAUAUCUUGAUUAAUGCUGGAGGUUGCUUCAAUGACUGGAAGUGGCCAGCAAUUCCAGGCAAGGAAACUUUCAAAGGCGAGAUGAUUCAUUCGGCUGCAUGGCCGAAGGAAACUGAUCUGAAAGGCAAAACCGUUGCAUUGAUUGGCAACGGUAGCACUGGAGUACAGAUCCUUCCUAAUAUCCUUGACGAUGUGAAGAAGGUCUAUGUUUACAUCAGGAGCAAGACCUGGGUAACAGCUAGCUUUGCUCAAAAGUUUGCUGGUCCUAAUGGUUCGAAUAUCUUUUUCACAGAGGAACAGAAGCAACGUUGGGCCGAAAAUCCUGAUGAGUAUCUUCAAUAUAGAAAAGAAGUUGAAGGAGAGUUAAACUCGCGUUUCAGACUGUACCUUAAGGAUUCAAAGGCACAGAAGGAGGCCCUUGCAUACUCCAUCUCCCAAAUGACCGAAAAGCUAUCAUCUAAACCGGAAGUUGCCGAGAAGCUGAUUCCAAAUUUUGCUGUCGGAUGUCGGCGCACAACGCCCGGAAACGGCUACCUUGAGGCUCUCUGCUCCCCUAAAGUCGAAAUAAUCUGGGGAGGGGUGGACUCCUUCAAUGAAACCGGACUUUUAGCAGCCAACAAGACUCAGCAACGUGACGUCGACACCAUUAUUUGUGCUACAGGAUUCAACAUGUCUUUCUCCCCUCGCUUCCCGAUUAUUGGACGGAAUAAUGUGAACCUACAAGAGAAAUGGGAUGAUAACCCAGAGUGUUAUUUGUCUGUGACUGCUGCUGAUAUGCCCAAUUACUUCAUCUACCUUGGGCCAGCUAGCCCUCUUGGUCAUGGAAGCGUGGUCAGCUCAUUGGAGCGUGUGACAGAGUACAUCACCCAGUUCGUCCGGAAACUUCAGACGGAGAACUAUAGCUCUGUCGUACCGAAGGCGCACAUCCCUCGUGCAUACCAACGACAGGCCCUCGCUUGGCUGGAAAAAACUGCCUGGAACUCGAAUUGCACAUCUACGUACAAGAAUGGCAAGCCAGAUGGUCCAUUGGUUUCACUUCAUCCGGGGUCGAGAUUACACUACUUCCAACUUUUGAAGAACCCUCGCUGGGAGGACUUUGAGUGGACCAGCUUGUCUAGAGACGAUGAUCUUACUUUUGCUUGGCUAGGUAAUGGAUUUGUCGUAGAGGAAUGCAAAGAAAAUCCUGAGGAGGAUCUGACUUGGUUCCUCCCGCCAGUUGAAGCUAAUCAGAUGAUCAAAGCCAGUUUUUGA